UUCUCGUCGACACGCCACUUGUGUUCAGUUUGUGUCGGGCUGGAUACGACGAGCAGCGAGGACAUGGCUUUCCCACUCAGAGCUUUUCUGCCGCUUUUCCUCCAUUUCUGCCUGCUGAGUCGCUCCGUGCGGGCCAAGGUGGAGCUGAGCAUGGACGACAGCAUGGAGGUGUACCAGGCCGACCAGGCCGAGAUCCCCUGCCAGUACAACUUCACCGACACCGACAGCGAGCCCAGCUUCGUCAUGUUCCAGUGGUUUGUGAGAGCCGAAGGAAACGGCUUACGGACGCGGAUCUUCUACGGUGACGUGGGCCAGCAGAUAGUCGACAACAACACCAACUACACCGGCCGCAUCCAGGUGAUUCUGGGCCAGAUGGAAAGCCGCCUCAUAAUUCAGAACGUCCAGCCCUCCGACGACAGGGAGUUCUUCUGCCAAGUUAACGGGCUGGCUGCCGGCAACGCCGAACGCAAGACCCACCUCCGAGUGUUUGCUCCUCCGGAGCCUCCGGCCAUCGAGCCGGUCCCGACUGGAAUAUCUGUGACGAAUGAAAUCCCGUCCAAGGUGGCGUCAUGUGAGGCUCGGCACGCUUUCCCCAAACCCAACAUCACCUGGUACCGGAACGGCGUGCCGCUGGCGCCGACUCCAGGACUUGUAAAGAUGCUGAUCCUGGUCUCCCGGGACUCCAGUGGCUUCCUCACCGUGGAGAGCACGCUGGAGUACAAGGUGGUCAAGGAGGACAAGGAUGCUCAUUUCUCCUGCGAGGUCAGCUUCUCUGUCCCCGGAGCCAUCAGGACCAUCGAGUCCCACAGAAUCAACAUCACGGUCCACUACCCCACCACCAUGGUGGAUCUGUGGAAGGAGUGGCCCCAGGGCUUGGUUAAAGAGGGGGACACUGUGGAGCUGCGUUGCCAGGGCGACGGCAACCCCCCGCCAUCUUUCGUUUUCAACAGAGAACAAGAGCCAGACGUGGACCUGGGAGGCACCGGUGACGUGUUGAUCCUGCCGCGAGUGUCGCGUAAAGACGGCGGCGUCUACCAGUGUCGUCCUCAGAACAACGACGUCCAGACCGAGGUCAAGGCAGAGGUGCAGCUCACCGUUCACUAUCUGGACGAAGCUUUUGUGGUGCCUAAAGACUCAGAGGUCAUGCUCAGAGGAGAAGAUUUGACGGCGACCUGCAACGCUCUGUCCUCCCUGAGAACAUCCACUGCCUGGUACAAGGACGGGCAGCAGGUGGGUCAGGGGAACACCUUACACCUGCAGGACGCCAGCUACGACACGAGUGGAGUGUACGUCUGUGAGGUGACCGUGCCCUCCCUGCCCAGCCUGAACACCAGCGGCUCCGUUCACAUCAUUGUCCAAGGUGGUCCUCAGGUGUUAGGAGCGGAGCAGGAGGUUCAGCUGGUGGAAGCAGCAGGCCGGACGGUGAACCUGAGCUGUGAGGUCCUGGGAUAUCCAGCUCCCAGCAUCUCCUGGACCAUCACCGGCAGCCAGAACUGGCAGGAAGUGGUGAGCAAAUCCGACGAUCACAUGACUCGCAGCGUGGUGUCCGUGGAAGUGACCUCGGACGUCAGCGCUCUGUGCAACGCCUCCAACGACAUGGGCGCCGAAGCCAAGGCCUUCAGCGUCAAAGCCAUUCCCCGGGUCACCACCACGGCUCCCUUCUCUCCCGCAGAGGGAAGCGGCGUGAUCAUCGUGGUGAUCAUCCUGUGUCUGCUGCUGCUCGCCUUCCUCGGCAGCGUCCUCUACUUCCUGCACAAGAAAGGAAAGAUCCCGUGUGGACGCUCUGGAAAACAGGAGAUCACCAAAGAGAAGACCACCAAAGAUGACAUUGUUGUGGAGAUGAAGACCAACACAAAGAACGAGGAGGCUGUCCUCCUGAAGGCCGUCAACGGAGACAAAAAAGGUCCUAAUGACCAGGUAACUGUCGUGUGAAACCCUGACGGUCCAGCGAUGAUGUCAUUCAGCGGACGGCGGGUCGCGUGAAGCCAGCGGUCGGAGUGUGUCGGAUCUGAGUCGACCGGAGACACUCCCACCAACCUGCGACCUGCAGACCCCUCCUCCCUCGUUUCCUGCUCUGUUCUCUGCAGUAUUCAGUAGAUUUACACGGAAACCCACGUCACACAUCUGCAUGUACGGACGAACAGUGUUUUAUCUCAACAGUCAGUCUUUGAUUUCCAGCUGUGUUUACUCUGUUUUCAUGAACGUGUAUAUAUUAUAUAUAUUUUGUUAUUUAAGAUUUUUGGACGGUCAUAUUUGUUUUGUUUCACGGUCUGGCUCGUUUUUAGUUCGUGGGUCCAGGUGAGAUUUAAGACGGUAAAUCAUGUUCAAACCGGGUUCUGAGAGAUUUGACAGCAUUUGGUGGAAACCGUUGUUAAAAUUGACCAAAAAAAAAACAACCAAGAAACGAGAACCAGACUUUCCUCGAAAAUCAGCAUUUUGUUUGAGUGUUUGUGCAUCGUUGAGACACACUGGUGGCCUUCUUCUUCUCUUCAUCUUCUUUUUCUGCAAACUGCUGUGGAGCCGCCGUACUGUUUGUAAAUAUCAGUAGUGUAGAGACCGCUCCAGAGCUCCGGAGCGGUCGGCCUCUGUUCCAGCUGUUGGACAUCAAACCAAUAAAAGAUUUUAGUUUCUCUUGAACCUCCUUUUCCCUGAAGAGGCGUCCUGGUAUUUUUGCGCCUUGAGCUGCAGGAUUUCUAAACUCGACAAUCGAGCGAGUUUAAGGGGUUUUUCUGUUAAAUAAAUGGAGAACGUGGUUUCUGAAGUCUGUUUGAUCGCUACGUUGGACUCACCGAACUGAAACAAAGUCCUGAGACGCUUUUCUGACCCGGGAACUCGGGAUCAGGCCUCGUCGCAUCAGUUUACUGAUUUUAAGCCGACGUCUUGCGUCUGAAAGCAGCACGAGGCGUCUUCUGGAGCUUGUCGGGAUGAAAGCUUCAGUAAAAACUUUCAGCUCCGUGAGUCAAACGUAAUUUUAAUGUUUGAGGCUCAAACGGGGGCAGAUGGUGCAAAAAUACCGCAGGGCCCCUUUUCAAGGCCGAUGUUGUGAAAAUCACUGUUUUUGUUGUGAAAUGUUUGUCGGGUUGCCGAGAGCAGCGCGUCGCCCUGAUGACUGAUAACUCAUGUUUCUCAUGUUGAUUUUUUACUUUUGCCCCUCAGUGAUCGUGUGCAGGACGUCCUGACGUCAUAUCUGUGAUCAGUCUGUGAAUAUUUUGGUUUAAAUACCUUUUUUUGUUUAGUUAGAAACUGAACUUUGCAUUUCUGUUUUUGUGUAAAUUAUGUACUGUACAUGUGAUUCUCUGAAGCUUGUGUUUGUUUAUUCUUAUUUUUUUAUUUUGCAAGGAAAUAAUGCCAAAUAAAAGGUUUCGUUUG